AUGACAAAUUCAACAUCUCAAAUGAGUACACAUGUAAAAGGAUCAUCAAUGCAUAAAAAUCGUACGACUAUUUCUAAACCUGAUUUUACUCUUAAUGAUGACAACAUUGGCGACGAUGAAAGUGAUAUUGACGAUGAAAUGGAUAUUGAUAUGGCAUACCAGAGUGACAAAGAUGAUGGUGCUCAACAAUUGAUUGAACUAACGUUUAUUUGUCUAACAAAACCAAGUCGUAUGGAUCGUUCGCGUUUAGAGCAUAUUGUGGAAAUGGGUAAUUGUACAUUGAAAAAUAUUUAUUUCCUAACUCCAUCAAAGUCAAUAACAAUCAACGAACAAAUGUUAACUCAAACAACUGAACAAAUUAAAAAAGAUUUAGUCAAUGUUUUCAUAUCAGUGUUAAAAUGUGGACAUUUUGAAACCCAACUGGCCAUUUCUCCUGCGUUAAAACCAGUUGUAUUACGUGGCAAUAAUGAGAUAAUUUAUCCGUCUAAAACAAUAACGAUCAAUGGUUUUAUUGAAUUAUCAUCACUUCGUAGUCCAAUGGCCAUAUCAAAACAUAUUCUAUUACCCAUUCAACGCCAGACACGUUUACAACGUUCAUCGUCGUCUACAAAUUACAGUAUUGGUGCAAACAAUACUAGUGGUGCAAAUAGUAGUACUAAUUCGAUUAUUACCAAGAAACAACUGGCAACAAAAAAACCACUACCACCAAUGAAUAGUCCAAUGAAUAGUACAAAUGGAAAUAACAAUAUGAAUAAUUUUUAUUAUCUAUUGAUGAUAUCAUUAAAAAAGGAAAAGUCAGCAGCUUUGAUUAGCAUAAAUGAUGAAUGGUACGGUGCUGUAUAUUGUCAAAAAUUUGAGAGAAAAAAAAGAUCAAGUCGAUUAAUUUUGUCGGUAUUUGAACCAGGUGAUCGUAUACCAUGGAUACCAAGUUUUGAACGUUUGGGUCCAUAUGCCGUUGUUUUUCCUUCAGCAACUGGUACUACAGAUCAGCAGUCGUCAUAUCGAAAACAAGCUUGGCCAGUUAAACAUUUUGUACGAAGUUAUACUGAUUCAUUUUUAAUCUGGUGUCGUCAAAAUAAUUUUACAAGUGAUAUUAACAAGUUUGUACGUGCAUCUGCAAAAUUACCCGAAAAAUCGGCCUUUUUCUAUCGAGAACUAAAUAAAAUUUGCCGCGGUGCAUUUGUAUAUGCACUGCGUGGAAACCUUUUACAAUUAUUAAUCCAGAUGUUUCAACGUCAAAUACAAUUAGGUAAAAUUAAACCAGAUGGUGUUAAACAUAUUCAACAUGUCAUACAAUAUAUGCAACGUUUAAAAUCACAAGAACGUUUUACAGAUAUUCCACAAUUAACGUCUUCAGCCUCAUCAGGCGCUUCUGUUGCUGAUAAUAUGACAGAAGAAUAUUUUCCUCGUGGGUCAUCAGGCGGAGCUUUAAACAAAGAAAGAACUGAUAUCAAGGACAAGACCAAUCUAACGAAAAAAACAACGAGAGUUCGUUUAGCUUCAAAAUUUGAAAGUAAUGAUGAUUUAUUUGUCUUACCGAAAUCAAAAAGAAAAAAACAAAACCAAAAUAAUAAAAAUUUCCAAAAAAGAGUGGAAACGACGAAAAGUCGAGUGGAUGAGGAUCGUCAAGAAAAGUUAUAUCGUCGACUAAACAAACAGAAUUUAACGGAUGGUGUUCUUGUUUUGGGUUGUAUUGAAAAAAUAACACCGUAUGAAAUUCGUGUUAGUUUACCACAUCAAAAUAUUGGCUAUGUACCACUAUCAAUGAUUUCUGAUGAAUACACAAAAAUACUGUCUUCAACUCAAGAAGAAAAUGAUGAUGCCAUUUCACGUUUAGAGGAUUUAUUUUUUGUUGGACAAUAUGUUAUUUGUCGUGUUAUUGAUAGCCCGGUUGAGAAUGAACAACCCACGAAAAAGCAGCAAAGAUUAUAUUUAACGAUAAAUCCAAAAGAUAUAUGUGAACAAAUAAGUGCUGAUUCGUUGGUGAAAGGAAUGUUGAUACCAGGCGUUGUCUCUAGUAUCGAAGAUCAUGGAUAUUUGAUCGAUAUUGGUCUUCAACAGCGAAAAGGUUUUGUAACAAAAGAAAAUAUGGAAAUUUUUAUGAAAAACUCAAGCAGCGAUAAAAUUCCGGAUAAAUUAAAAAUUGGUUAUUAUUCAUUUUUUCAACUAAAAGAAACAUUGUCGAAAGGCGAUAAUUCACGAAUUGUACCGUUAAAAUUUGUUAAUGGUGUUAAACGACCGGCCUUAAAAUCAAAUCAAAUGCCUUUUCAUAUGCUCAUUCCUGGUAUGAAAUGCAAUGUUACUGUAUCAAAGUCACGUAUUAACGGUAUUCUUGUCAAUUUCGGAGAAAUAAAAGGUUUUAUUCAUAUACAAGAUUUAGAAACAUUAACAAUAAAUCCUGACUAUUAUACGGCUGAUAGCGAAAUCGAAGCCAUUGUACUUGCGAUUGAUUCUGUAACAAAACUUGUUUACUUUACUCUUCAACCACAUAUAUUCAGUUUGGACUGUCCACUGUCCAAUGAUAAUCAGUUGACUGUUGGUACAAUUAAAACGUGUACAAUUGUGAAAACAAUUGGUUCAUCGUUAGUGAUCCGCCUUUACGGGAAACAGUUUGGCCUCGUUGCGACUAGCCAUUUGACGGAUGAUAAAGAUGCUGAUGUUGAACAAGCACAUGGUCUGUUCAAACCGGGACAAAAAGCUCAAUGUCGAAUUAUCGGCCUAUCACUUUCAAACAAUAUUAUCAUCUGCAGUUUAAAAAAGUACGUUGAAAAUAUGAUAACAAUAAACCAUAUUCGCAUAUUUUUCUUUUCUUUUCUCAGAAGUAUCAUUGAUGCACCAUUUAUUACGUACUCUGAUAUUAAUGCGGGCGAUAUUGUGAAAGGAACAAUCAGUCAUAUUGAUCCAAAGGGCUUAAUUAUUAGUUUAGCUAAACAUAUUAACGGUUUUGUACCUAUCAUACACAACGCCGAUAUUCCAAUUAAAGAAACUAUGAACAAAUUUGCUAUAAAAAAAAAAGUUCAAUGUCGAGUCAUUGAAGUUGAUCCAUUACGCCAACGUUUAAUCCUAACGUUGAAAAAAAGUUUAAUACACACUAAAUUACCAUUAGUGAAGAGUUACAAUGAUUUGACAAAAGAUCUUGUGACAAUUGGUGUUAUCAUCUCGAUUAAUGAUUAUGGCCUACUAGUAAAACUGUUCGGUAAUGUAUGCGGACUUGUGCCCAAAAAUGAAGUGGGUCAGUUAAUAUUGUCACACACAACUACAACAAAACAUCAGUUAUUACAAAUGUUUUAUGUUGGACAAACUGUUUCAUGUCGUGUUUUGAAUUUUGAAGUAGCACAAAAACGAUUAACAUUAAGUUUAAAGGUUCCUGGCAAAGUAGCAUUCGGUACAAAACUGGCAGCAGUGGAAGAAGAUUUUUCAAUUGGAAAGAUAACGAAGUGGAAAGCAAAUAAUUCGGGAACAGAGGGGCAUAUAUCGGGCAUAGUUUUAACUAAUGAAAAAAUACCGUUGUUUGUCUAUUUAUCUAAAACGCAUUUAACGGACUUUGUUGAACAUCAAACAUUUCUUCUUAAUUAUGGUUAUAAUAAUAGUGAGCUAGAACGUGAAGGAAUUUAUUGGUCGAGAACAUCUUUCGUUAACAUAUCAAUGAGACGAAUAUUGAUCGAUUAUUGUAAACAUAAUAUAUUACCACAAACAUUGGAAGAGUGCACAACUGGUCUCAUGAUUCCUGGUGUUGUUCAAAAUAUUUUUGAAUAUGGUCUAUUUAUUGAUUUACCAAAUGAUAUUGUUGCCUUUGCACCAAAUAAAUAUCUGGAUUUAAAUACUCUACAAACCAUUGAAAAAAAAUAUCAUAUUGCACAAACUGUAAUUGUACGUGUAGUACAAAUAGAUAAUGAAAAACAACGAUGCAUCGUUAAUCUAAAACCACUGUUAUAUGAAAGUGAAACUGAUAAUCAAUUUCGACCAGAAUCAAUAUUGAGCCAUUAUUUAGACGAAAAAUUUGAAAUUAUCAAUUUGCUUAAGAAAAAUGGCACAGGACUAUUACAUAAAUUUUUAAAUGAGACCAAAUGGCUUGGUCAUUAUUGUCGUUGUGCUAUUGAAAAACGUGAUGGUGAUUGGUUUUUAUGUCGUAUUGAUAAUGGUUUGAUUAGUCGAUGUUUAUAUGAUGCACACUAUAGUGUUGGUGAUACAAUCAGUGGCCAUAUCAUCGAUAUUGAUUUGUCGAAUCAACAAUUUAUAAUUACUACUGAUUUAUUAAUGAAUAAAAAUCAAUCGAACAUUGAUUUUAAUACCAUUGAUCAUUUAUCAUUUGAGUCAUGUACAGUAUUAUGCCAAUUAUCAUCAUAUGCCAUUGGAAUAAUAGGCACAUCGGUUCUUGUUCACAUACCCACAUUUUCUCAUUUAAAUUCAUUUUAUUGUUCAAAUUUAACAUACCAACGAAAACAAGUGUUAAAAUUAGAAAAUGUUGAAUAUACACGUUCACCGUUACAUCAUUAUAUUAUUUCACAUUCAACACAAUCUUUAGUUUCUAAAAAAAUAUUAUAUGAGCCAGACGAAAUUGUCAAUGUGACCAUUUGUGAUGUAUUACCUAAACAACUUAACGUUCGUCUAGAAGAUGGUUCUCGUGGACGAAUUCACAUUACAGAAAUAUGUGAUAAACCCUCAGAAACAUUUCCAUCAUUAACUGAUCAAUAUCAAACGAAUCAACAAUUGAAAGUACGUAUCAUUAGUACAAGAAAUAUUGAACAAACUAAAUAUCAUCUUAAACCAGUCUAUGAAUUAACAUUGCGAUCUUCAACACAAACUACCAUCAUUAAUGAUCAACUCUAUGGUUUUAUUGAUAAAAUUGAUCAAAAUCAUGGUUUAUGGUUUUUUCUUUCACUUCAUGUUCGAGCACUUGUACCAAAUUUACUAAUAUCAACAAAUCCAAAUAUUAUUGAAAAUUUAGCGGAACAUUUUCGUAUUGGACAAUGUUGUCAACUUAAUAUUGUUUCUAAACGUGAUGAACAUCGUUAUGAUGCAUCAUUAAUCGAAUUAAAACCACCAAAAAUUGGCACCGUUGUUUGCGCUCAAUUUAAACAAAUAUUAUCACCAAAUGAAUUUGUUUUCUCAUUACCGACAGCAAUUGAUGGUACUCUUCUAUCAACAGAUGUCACAGAUAAUUAUGUUGAUUAUUCAUUUUGGACAAAAUUAAUGAAUAUUAAAAAGCCAACAAAAACAAUGUCAACUAUAUACAAUAUGAAACGAGAACACCGAAAAUUUAAAAAUAAAAUAGUACAAGUUUAUAUUAAAAAUAUUAACGAUGAGAAUAAGAUCUCAUUAUCAACAAGAAAAUCAAGAAUUUUUAAUAAUCACCUUGAUGUAACAGAUGAAGAAGUAGAACGUUUAGAACAAUUGGCAGUUGGCGAUGUUAUACGUGGCUAUAUAUCGUCAUUGACAAAUCGUCAAUUGACUUUAUUAAUUGGACAAUCAAUAACUGGUAGAAUUGAAAAGAUACCAAUGCGACCAUUGCAUGGACAUCUACGAGAAUAUCUUGAUGUUGGAAUGGUUGUCGAAGGAGAAGUUCUCAAAAUCGAUAUAGAAACAAAUUCGUGUAGUAUGAAAUUGACAAAUGAAUUUAUUCAGCAGUUUCGAAAAGAAAAGGGCAUAACUAAAACUAAAGAACAUGAAGAAGAUGAACCGAAUGCGAAACGUAUGAAGGUGAUGACUGACAAUAGUGUUGAUUCUCUCGUUGAUCUUGGUGGUCUGGGUGGUAAUGCAAAAUUCGAAUGGCAUGCUACGUUGAAUGAUCUUAGUGCUCACGUGGAAAAUGGUAAUAUGGACGAGAAAGAAGACGAAGAAGUAACAACAAUCACAAAUGGAAAACGAAAAAAGAUACCUGUCAUUGUUGAAAACGGUACUAAACGUCAAAAACGAACCAAUGAUGAAUUUGAACAAUUAGUGACAAAAGCUCCAAAUGAUUCUCAUUUAUGGAUUGAUUAUAUGCAAUAUUACUUGACACAAGCGGAAAUUGAUCAUGCACGAUCGGUCGCCGAAAAAGCAUUGAGAACGAUAUUUUAUCGGGAAGAACGAGAUAAAUUGAAUAUAUGGGUGGCCUAUCUUGAUUUAGAAAGCAAACAUGGUACACCAGAAAAACUAAAUCAAAUAUUAAGUCGUGCAGUAGGAAAUUGUGAUGCAUUAAGUGUUUAUCAACGUUUGGCUGCUGAUGUCUAUGAAAAAAACAAUCAGUUAGAAAAUGCAAAUGCAACAUAUUCUUUAAUGGUGAAAAAAUUUGCUAAAGAAAAAGUAGCUUGGUUAUCCUAUAUUAUCUAUUUGUUCAAACAACAUCAUUUUGAACAAGCAAAAUCAAUGCUAGAUAAAUCCUUUCUAAGUUUACCCGCAACGGAUCAUGUUGAAAUGAUUAAUAAAUAUGCUCAACUUGAAUUUAAAUAUGGUGAUAAAGAACGUGGAAAAACAAUGUACGAAAAAUUAUUGGCCAAUAGUCCAAAACGAACAGAUUUAUGGUCAUUAUAUAUUGAUAUGGUGAUUAAAUAUGAUCAAGAUAUAUCAACAGCGAGGACAAUAUUUGAUCGAUUACUAUCAUUGAACAUAUCACCAAAAAAAAUGAAAUUUAUCGUUAAAAAAUAUUUGGGUUUUGAACGCCAGUAUGGUACACCUAAAGAUAUAGAUCAUGCUAAACAACGUGUUUUAGAAUAUGUCAAUAGUAAUGAUAUAAAUACAGACGAAAGAACAGCAUCAACAACACUAAGGACCAGUGAUUAUGAUAUCGAGGAAUAA